AUGGUAAAUGGGUUUCCUACGCCCUAUAUCUCACUUCCAUUCAGUAUCGUUCUCCUUAUUCAAAACCUUCUCACCAUCAUCAUCAUCCGCCGCACCCCAAAACUGCACACACACGCCAAUAUUGUGGUGGCAUCCAUUGCUGGCGGGGACAUAUAUUUAGCCCUUGUUUGUAUCACUUCUGGAAUUGUCUACUUACCGGGAGUGAGGAACACCAAGCUGAACAACGCUCUCUUAGAGGCAUCAAUGUGUGGCGCAGGGUACUCGUCUCUGCUGUUAUCUGUCAGCCAGUUGGGGCUGAUCGCAAUAGAUCGCUACACCUACAUCGUUUAUCCACUGUAUUACAUGGCGCGCAUCACAAAGCGACGGAUUUAUAAAACAAUAGCAUGUUUUUGGCUUGUGGGGAUAGUUUAUGGUUUAGUUCCACUAUUUGUCUAUAGAAACGCGUCAGAUUACAACAUAUGUUUGAUUACUAGACCGCCCUUUGAAUAUAUUGCUGUCCCUAUUGUACUGUACCAGGUGGAAGUCAUCCUAAUUUUUGUUUGUUAUUUUAUAAUUGCUCGCUUGGCUUUUCAGCGUAAGAAAGCCAGUCGUGUCAGACAACUGGGUUUCAACGGAGGAAUAUCAAGCAGGGAAGCCUUCAUUACUGGAAGAACAGCAGCGUGGAGAAGUGUGAAAUUUUUCGCCACAAUGUAUGGCAUCUUUUUUGCGUGCACUUAUCCUGCUGUCUUAGCUAUUCUCAUCAACAGUGUGGACUCAUUUCCCUUGUCUGUGUUCGUGCCAUUGAUGUUCUUGUUUUUUAUGCAUUCCAUGUUUAAUUUUUUCGCAUACUUGAACAUGAACAAAGAUUUUUGUUUGGGUUUCAAACAUUUGUUUAUGCGCAAGAUAAGAAAUAACAGAAACUGA